CAAAAGAAAAGAAAAAACAAAAGGAAAUUCUCUCUCUUGGUUUACACCAGCGAGGUCUCUGUUUCCAUCUGUGCAGUGGUCAUGACGAGACGAAAACGCCGCCACGCCCCUCAUACAACGGACGAUUCUCGCCGCCGUUUUCCACCACCCGAAGCCCAACCCCAACCCCGUAUACACCCGUCAGACUUAAUUGAUGAUCGGGAAGCGGCUCAGCAACGCGAGAUUGAAAAACUGCUCCAGAAAAACCGCAGUCUAGCGGGCGCGCACGUCUCUCUUAACCAGGAGCUCUCCGCCGUCCAGCACGAGCUCCUUCUUCUCUCUUCCACAGCCGCAACCGUCAAGACCGAAAGGGAUGCUGAAGUCCGUGAGGUUUACGACGAGGCACGGAAGAAGGAGUCUGAUGUUCGUAUACUUGAUGAGCUUAGAGUAGAGUUGGCUCGGGUUAGGAGCGAUAUUCAGAACCUAGUUGACGACCGUAAAGAGCUCACUGCCAAAUUGCAGAACAUGGAGAAAAAUCUCGUCAAGGUUGGUUCCGAGUUACAGCAGCUUCCCGUAAUCAAGGCUGAAAUUGAGUCCAUGCAUAAGGAAGUUCAACGAGGAAGAGCUGCUAUCAACUAUGAAAAAAAGAUGCACACCAGCAACCUUGAAUAUAGUCAGGCAAUGGAGAAACAUAAGAUUACUCUGGCUUCUGAAAUUGAGAAACUACAUGCCGAGCUUGCAAAUGCAGAGAAGAGGGCAAGGGCAGCAGCAGCUGCAGCGGCUCCAAGUAAUUUAAACCGCCAGAUUUCUGCAGCAACUCCAAAUUUUACAUAUUCUGCCAAUUAUGGAAAUCCUGAAACAGGAUAUGGAGAGAAUCUGUACCCUGCGCCUUAUGCUGUACAUCAGGUUCAGGUCAGUGCUGAUGCAAAUACCCAAUAUGUUGGUGGAGCCAUGCCUUAUGUACAUCACUAGUUGGUGGUUUGAAAGUGAAAAACUUGUGCUGGAUGACAAGCAGAUGUAAAUGUGUCAAACUUAGGGAUCUUUUAUUUCAUGAGAGAAGUGGUUUCUGGAGGAAGCACAGAUGAAAUGAUUUUUCUUGGUGGUGAUGAGACUGACAUUUGUCUUGAGUGUAGUCUCAGAAUUCAGAUAAUUAAUGACUGUUGUGGUUGUUUGUG